AUGAGAAAGUUAGUGGAGAACCAUACAUUGAGUUCCUGUAGACAGAGAGUAAGUGAGGAUGGAGGAAGUGAUGAUGAGGGGCUAGAGGAAAGGGACAAGGGGCCACGAGUUCCGUCCCCGAGGGGUCCCAUUCCAGCUCCUCCGCCUCCGAAGAGGGAGGAGCCAAGAUGGAGUUGUCCAGGACCACCUCGGGGACUAGGACAGGGACUGGAGCUGCUGCAGGCGGAGGGGACCCCUCUGGAGCUGCUGCAGGCGGAGGGGGCGCCUCUGGAGCUGCUGCAGGCGGAGGGGGCGCCUCUGGAGCUGCUGCAGGCGGAGGGGGCGCCUCUGGAGCUGCUGCAGGCGGAGGGGGCGCCUCUGGAGCUGCUGCAGGCGGAGGGGGCGCCUCUGGAGCUGCUGCAGGCGGAGGGGGCGCCUCUGGAGCUGCUGCAGGCGGAGGGGGCGCCUCUGGAGCUGCUGCAUGCCGCCGGGGCGCCGGGACAGGAACACGGUCAGGUCGCCGGGGCGCCGGGACAGGAACACGGUCAGGCCGCGGGGGGGGCGCCUGCCCGGGAACUGGAGCGCGGUCAGGAACUGGAGCGCGGUCAGGAACUGGAGCGCGGUCAGGAACUGGAGCGCGGUCAGGAACUGGAGCGCGGUCAGGAACUGGAGCGCGGUCAGGAACUGGAGGUGGCUGCAGUGGGGGCGCCGGCCCGGGAGCUGCAGCAGGUGGCUGCAGAGGGGGCGCCUGCCCGGGAGCUGCAGCAGGCGGCUGCAGAGGGGGUGCCUCUGCAGGAACUGGAGCACUGUCAGGAACUGGAGCGCGGUCAGGAACUGGAGCGCGGUCAGGAACUGGAGCGCGGUCAGGAACUGGAGCGCGGUCAGGAACUGGAGCGCGGUCAGGAACUGGAGCGCGGUCAGGAACUGGAGGUGGCUGCAGUGGGGGCGCCGGCCCGGGAGCUGCAGCAGGCGGCUGCAGAGGGGGCGCCUGCCCUGGAGCUGCAGGUGGCUGCAGUGGGGGCACCUGCCCUGGAGCUGCAGCAGGUGGCUGCAGUGGGGGCGCCUGCCCGGGAGCUGCAGCAGGCGGCUGCAGAGGGGGUGCCUCUGCAGGAACUGGAGCACGGUCAGGAACUGGAGGUGGCUGCAGUGGGGGCGCCGGCCCGGGAGCUGCAGCAGGCGGCUGCAGAGGGGGCGCCUGCCCUGGAGCUGCAGGUGGCUGCAGAGGGGGCACCUGCCCUGGAGCUGCAGCAGGUGGCUGCAUUCCUGGUACCGCCCACUCCCCUGUAG